GCGGGGUUACGGUCGGCAACGCGCAUGUAACUCCUCUGGAGUUGCAGGCGUACAUAGGCUACGAAGACUGCUUACCAUCAGGCGGGCCGUAUGCUUGUUUGCCACCGACGUAGUAUAAAAAAAAAAAAGCGCGGAAGUGAAGGACAUAGUGACAAGUGAUAAAAAUGGAACCAUGCUGCCACCGCUGAGCAUGGCCUGACAUGCUCUUGGCCGGUUUUUUUAUUACUUACCUUGGGAAUAUACAUUGAAAAGGGCCUCGCAGAUGCGACGUCGCCCAAGGCUAGAUUAGCUCACGCUACACCACAGAUUACAGGGCCCACCCGGUAUAGAAAAAAAUUCUGUAGUUACUUUUAAUUUUGACCAAUUACGACAGUUGACAUGUAUUGUAUCCGAUGAAAAGAGAAAAAAGACAAUAUUGACGAUAAUGAAACAUUUGUCAAAACAAGACUCCUGUCAAACGUGUAAAAUGAGUGAAAAUAAUCAAAAUAUUUGGUAACUUUGGGAAAAUGAUUAAACGAGAUAAUAAGUAUUUUCCUGGUGUAGCAGGAGCAUAAAACGAGGAACAAGCUAUACGGGCAUCGACCUCGUGUGGCAGAUGCGUGGCUCCUUACUGGGGCCAUUCCAACAUGGUGCCUUCGUCUUGCCGGUAUCAACCGUCGCCAAUUUCUUGCACUCCGUACCCUUCCAUCAAAUCUAAACUUGGGUGCCACAAUCACAAUCUCACAGUAAGAUGGAUGAAAUGAAAAGCUGGUUUUUCGGAUUCGAGUACUUGGAUUACUUCUGGGCGAUUCUACUGUCGUUUAUAAUGGAAAGAAUCUGCUGCUUGCAAGAACAAUUCACCAGAGACUAUAUAGUGCUCCCAGACCCACCGACAAAUGACGACGACUCAUAUCAUUCAAUAAACUUAGAAGAAUUUUCAGAUAGAGAUGGUUCUCUGAAGCUAAGUUUUCUGCGGCUGUGCCGGAUGUCGCAGGUCACUAUAUUGCUGACACUCGUCUACUUCUUCAACAUUUGCUUCUGGUUUGUAAUGACGAAGAAGGCUUCGCCCACGUACAGGUUUAAAAUAUCUAUUUCUAUGUGAAAUCUAGAAUAUAUACAACAAGUUUACAAUA